CGGGUUCUGGCAGGACAGCCUCCAACCACAAAGUGCUCUUUAGUUUCUUUCUCGGGCAUUCGGGCUGAUCCCAGCAGUGCGGAGCGCGGGGCGCGGGGCCUGGGGCUGGGAAGGAGCCCGGCGGACACCCGCCAAUGAGCCGCGGCGCAAGCGAACCCUGCUCAUUCGUGGAGUUAGUGCCGGGCAGACCCCCACAGACCGUGGGCAGAGGACUCUAUGGCUUCUGGAAUUAUCGGCACCUUCAGUGCUGAACACACCCUUGUCGCUCCGCAGGAUGCACUUCUUAAAGCCGGGAAGACGCAAGUCGCGGAGACCACUGGCUCUGAUCCCACCCCGCAGCCCGGCUGCGAGCAGCGGGAGAAGGAGCGGAGUGGACGCCGGAGACCACCGGGAAAGAGGCACCGCUGCGGCCGAGGCCUUCCCCACGCGCGGCGCCCCGGACCCUCGGCCGGCCAUGGCCGACAGCGGCGGCACGGGCAGCUCGGGCCCCUGGUGGAAAUCGCUGGUGAACAGCAGGAAGAAAAGCAAGGAGGCCUCGGUGGGGGUGCAGCCUCCCGCCCAGCCUGCCCCCGGGGAGCCCGCGCCGCCCAGCCCGGACUGGACUAACAGCUCCCAGGAGAAUCAGCACCCCAACCUCCUGGCGAGCGCCGGCGAGCCCCACAAGCCCGACAAGUUGUGCGCCGACAAAGCCGGCAACAGCCGCCGCAAUUUGAAGAUCUCGCGCUCCGGGCGCUUCAAGGAGAAGAGGAAAGUCCGCGCCACUCUGCUCCCGGAGGGGGUCCGAGCCCUGGAGGAGGCAGACUGCGCUGGGGACCCCCAGGAGGACCAGCCGUAGCGGGCGGACUCUCUUCCCACCGCGGCUCCCCAACCCCCAGCCCCAAACCCGAGAAUUCUGGCCUGCCUCUGAGCGUGGUGUCUCAGUCCCACCAAAUUAGAAUAUCCACACGCGAUUUCACAUUCCUGGAAAUGGAAGUGGCAAUUGAGUUUUCAAUAGUCUGAGACUCAAGGCUGCAUUAAAUAUUUAUUUGUGGUAAGAGAAGAUGCCCGCCACCCAGGAAGUCGGCCUAAUUCUUAUCUUCAAAAAGCUCUUCUGUGGCCUCCACCCUUGUAUCACCUGUGGGAGCGAGAGGGGCACCACCGCUCUAAGAGAUGGCAGCGCCCCUGGAAUUGUGCAGACCUCCGGUGGGGAAGGCGCGCUCUGAUUAGGAGCUUGCUGUUGGAGAGCCAUCCCUGCUGUUUUCAAUGCCUGAGAAAUGCACUUUAGAAGCACUUGUGUAGACCUACACCUUGCGUGAAGGAAUGGGGGAGAGCAGGAAACCUUCUACGUAGAAGCAUGUUAAGUAAGGCAAGGUUGCUUUCAACCUCGACCUACGAAAUUGUCCUGCCUGUUUUAGUACUAUUAAAACUUUUGCACUGUAAGACGUAA